AAGCGUUACUGGAAAAGGUUAUUAUUAUUUUUUAAAAAGCAAUGUUGCAGUAUCAUUUUACCAUAUGCCUUUGUAUAUAACAGCAGUACUAGCAAAUGUAAAGUUCCUGUUAUGGGUCCUAAAUGCAGGAACAACUCUUAAAAAGUGUAAAUCAAACACCGGGGAGUUUUCUCAGGGGGGGUAAAUCCUCCUGUACAGUAAUAGCUGUGAGAUGGAGGCGGUGUCAGAGCAGUUACUGGAUGGGCUGAAAGAAUAAAAAGGGGGAUGAGACUCUACAGCUGUCAGUCAGACGGGAGGUGCACCUGUGUCAGAGAUGAAGUGGAUCGGAGCUGUCCUCGCGGUGUGCGUCCUCGUGCCCAGCGCCCACUGUGCCUCGGACGCAAUCCCCUGGUGUUAUCAUCUGCCAACCUGCAAUGAUGUUACCUGGCCAACCAUUGCUACAAAGUUUUGCAAUGGCAGCCGACAGUCGCCCAUUGACAUCGUCUCAGCAUCUGCCCACAUUGACUCCAAACUGACAGCAUUCACGUUCUACAACUUCAGCAGCAACACCUCCUUGAAAAAGAUCGAAAACACUGGCAAGACAGUCAAAGUCACCUUCAACAGCGGGGUCAAGAUUUCAGGAGGAGAUCUGUCCGAGGUCUAUGACAGCCUGCAGUUCCAUUUGCACUGGGGUAACGGUUUCUCUGUGCCUGGCUCCGAGCACACUGUGAAUGGCAAGCGUUAUCCCAUGGAGCUUCACAUUGUAAACAUCAAGUCCUCCUAUAAUGGGAACACAACUCAAGCCGUUGCAGAUUCUACAGGACUUGCUGCUCUUGGUUUCCUAAUUGAGGAGAUGGAAGGUAAUGCCACUGGCCAACCUGCCAGCUGGUUCACCUUGAGCUCCUACCUAAGCAGCAUCUCAAAUGGUGGCGAAUCAGUUUCCGUCAAAGCUGGAAUAUCACUGGAUGAUCUCCUACCCGGGGUGGAUCGCACCAAGUAUUUCCGCUACCUCGGCUCUUUGACCACCCCUUCUUGCAAUGAGGCUGUGGUUUGGACUGUGUUCAAGGAAACAGUCAAAGUCAGCAGAGAUGUGAUUAACAUGUUCAGCAAAAUAACCCACAUCUCCAACAGCACAUCACCCAUAAUAAUCAACAACUACAGAAACCUCCAGCCAGCACAACGGGUCACAACUACCAGUUCUACCUCCAAAACUUGCGCCUCUCUGGGUCUGUUGGCCCUGAGCCUUCUUUUGAGGACUUAGACUGCCUUUUAAAGGGUGUGGUUUUCUGGAUUUGCUAAACCCAUUUACAUUGAAUGUCUCUGAGGUGCUAACGGUACAGUAAAGUGCCUGAGGGAUGCAUUUGCACUAAGUUCACUGGGUAAAUGUGGUAAUAGUUGUUUAGAAAUCCAGCAAUAUAAUCUGUGUAUUUAGUGGCAUUAAAAUCUGCUAACAUGUAUCGGUCUAGAUAACUAAAACUCAAGUCUGUACCAAUUAUUUCUCAGAGAACAUGAUUACAUUUUUAGGUUGAGUUUUGUGUUUCUAUUUUCCUUAAUGUUGGAAACUUAUUUGCCUUAAUGUUGUCUUUAUUAGUGUAGAUGAAAUGUAGGCUCGUUGCAAAACUCAACAUCUGGUGUAAUGAAGGAUUGAAAUGUCACUCAAUUGAAUGAACACCAUUAUUUAUGACUAAUAUAUAUAUAUAUAUCAUACAGUUGCACUAAUUGUGCAUGUAAUUAACUGUGACCUGUUGAUCUCAAGUGUUUCUCAAUUAAAAUUAGUUGGUGUC